AUGGCAGGGUUGAACAUCCCACAGGUCCCUGAUGGGGAGUUCACGGCGGUCUUGUACCGGCUCAUCCGGGAUGCCCGGUACGCCGAGGCCGUGCAGCUGCUGGGCGGAGAGCUGCAGCGCUGCCCCAAGAGCCGCGCCGGCCUCUCCCUGCUGGGCUACUGCUACUACCGCCUGCAGGAGUUCGCGCUGGCCGCCGAGUGCUAUGAGCAGCUCAGCCAGCUGCACCCAGAGCUCGAGCAGUACCGCCUGUACCAGGCCCAGGCCCUGUACAAGGCCUGCCUCUUCCCAGAGGCCACCCGGGUCGCCUUCCUCCUGCUGGACAACCCCACCUACCACAACCGGGUGCUCCGGCUGCAAGCUGCCAUCAAGUACAGCGAGGGCGACCUGCCUGGCGCCAGGAGCCUGGUGGAGCAGCUGCUCAGUGGUGAGGGUGGAGAAGACGGGGGCGGAGAGAAUGAUCCCGAUGGCCAGGUCAACCUGGGCUGUUUGCUCUACAAGGAGGGACAGUACGAAGCUGCGUCUUCCAAGUUCUUUGCUGCCCUGCAGGCCUCGGGCUAUCGGCCUGACCUUUCCUACAACCUGGCCUUGGCUUAUUACAGCAGCCGACAGUAUGCCUCAGCCCUAAAACAUAUCGCCGACAUUAUUGAGCAUGGCAUCCGCCAGCACCCAGAGCUAGGUGUGGGCAUGACCACUGAGGGCAUUGAUGUCCGCAGUGUUGGAAACACGUUAGUCCUGCACCAGACUGCCCUGGUGGAAGCCUUCAACCUCAAGGCAGCCAUUGAAUACCAGCUGAGAAACUAUGAGGCUGCUCAGGAAGCCCUCACCGACAUGCCCCCCAGGUCAGAGGAGGAGUUAGACCCUGUGACCUUGCACAACCAGGCACUAAUGAACAUGGAUGCCAAGCCCACAGGAGGCUUUGAGAAGCUCCAGUUUUUGCUUCAACAGAACCCCUUCCCGCCAGAGACUUUCGGCAACCUGCUGCUGCUCUACUGUAAAUACGAGUAUUUUGACCUGGCUGCAGAUGUCCUGGCAGAAAAUGCCCAUCUGACCUACAAGUUCCUCACGCCCUAUCUCUUUGACUUUUUAGAUGCCAUGAUCACUUGCCAGACAGCUCCCGAUGAAGCCUUCGUUAAGCUAGACGGGCUGGCAGGGAUGCUGACAGAGCAGCUCCGCAAACUCACCAUACAAGUACAGGAAGCAAGACACAGCAGAGACGAUGAAGGGAUCAAAAAGGCAGUGAAUGAGUACGACGACACCUUGGAGAAGUACAUCCCCGUGCUGAUGGCUCAGGCAAAAAUCUACUGGAACCUUGAGAAUUACUCGAUGGUGGAGAAGAUCUUCCGCAAAUCUGUGGAGUUCUGUAACGACCACGACGUGUGGAAGCUGAAUGUCGCUCAUGUUCUGUUCAUGCAGGAAAACAAGUACAAAGAAGCCAUCGGGUUUUAUGAGCCCAUAGUCAAGAAGCAUUACGAUAACAUCCUCAAUGUCAGCGCUGUUGUAUUAGCGAACCUGUGUGUUUCCUACAUUAUGACAAGUCAAAAUGAGGAGGCUGAAGAGUUGAUGAGGAAGAUUGAGAAAGAGGAAGAGCAGCUCUCCUAUGAUGACCCAGAUAAGAAAACCUACCAUCUGUGCAUUGUGAAUCUGGUGAUAGGAACACUGUAUUGUGCCAAAGGAAAUUACGAUUUUGGCAUUUCUCGAGUGAUCAAAAGCUUAGAACCUUAUAAUAAAAAACUGGGCACUGAUACCUGGUAUUAUGCUAAGAGAUGUUUCUUGUCUUUGUUAGAAAACAUGUCAAAACACAUGAUAGUGCCUUGUGACAGUGUCAUUCAAGAAUGUGUUCAGUUUCUAGAGAACUGUGAACUUUACGGUAGAAACAUACCUGCUGUUAUAGAACAACCCCUGGAAGAAGAAAGAAUGCAUAUUGGAAAGAACACAGUCACAUAUGAAUCCAGGCAGCUAAGAGCUUUGACUUAUGAGAUCAUAGGCUGGAAUACUUGGUAAUAGCUGAUACCAACCCACAUCACAAUGGUGUUGUUUUCUAGGCAUUGGGCAUCACUACACUGUAACUUCUUGAACAUUAAAGCACUUUGGACAUUUUUUUUUCUCAAAAUCUCAUGAAACAGUACAACUUGGACUCUAAAAAUAACUUAGGACUAAAACCUCGAUUGAGAGAUUACAUCAAACAAUGUUUGUAAUACAUCUCCCUGUUCUUUACCUUGUUUUGUUUUAUUACAUAUUGGGGCAUUCAGCAAGAUUAUCUCAGGUCCAGGCACUAUUAAAUGCAGAACCUGGUCAUGUAUAGCACAACUAGUCUUUAAUAUGAUUUCAAGCAUUGUGUUCUACCGCAGUAUCCUCAUAAUUACAUUUAAGCCAUAUAUUUUGCAAAAAAUAUAUACAGUUUUACCAGCUUUCCAGUACAA